CGCUUGAGGCUCGAGCUAACCGGACGGGUCGCUCCGGCUCUCCGGGGAGAGGCGCUUCCCGGCCCUGGGGAAGGGGCGAGUCCCGUGCGAGCCCGCGGGAGGCGCCGCGCGCUCGAGAGGGACGGUCGGUCGACCCCGGCCCGCUGAGGGCUCCGAGCCCGGCUCCCCUCCUUUCCACCUCGCGAGGGAGGGAGGGAGGGAAGGAGGGGAGGGAAGGUCCGGCGGAGGAGGCAGGAUGGCCGGUCGAGGGGGGCUUGGGCUCUGCUUUUCCCGGGAGCUGCCUCCACUCCUGCGGCCGCCGCGAGGGCUGGCCUGAAUCAGGGCGCCCCGCUCUCCCGCUGCGAGACCGCGCGGUCCCCGGGGCCGGGACAGCGGCGCCGGCAUGUCGUCCGGCACCAUGAAGUUCAAUGGCUACUUGAGGGUCCGCAUUGGCGAGGCCGUGGGGCUGCAGCCGACCCGCUGGUCCCUGCGCCACUCGCUCUUCAAGAAGGGCUAUCAGCUGCUGGACCCCUACCUGACGGUGAGCGUGGACCAGGUACGCGUGGGCCAGACCAGCACCAAGCAGAAGACCAACAAACCCACGUACAAUGAGGAGUUCUGCGCCAACGUCACCGACGGUGGCCACCUCGAGCUGGCCGUCUUCCACGAGACGCCCCUGGGCUACGACCACUUUGUGGCCAACUGUACCCUGCAAUUCCAGGAGCUGCUGCGCACGGCCGGCGCCUCGGACACCUUCGAGGGCUGGGUGGAUCUGGAGCCAGAAGGGAAAGUUUUUGUUGUAAUAACCCUAGCAGGGAGUUUCACUGAAGCUACUCUCCAGAGAGACCGAAUCUUCAAACAUUUUACCAGGAAGCGCCAAAGGGCUAUGCGAAGGCGAGUCCACCAGAUCAACGGACACAAGUUCAUGGCCACAUACCUGAGACAGCCCACCUACUGCUCUCAUUGCAGGGAGUUUAUCUGGGGAGUAUUUGGGAAGCAGGGUUAUCAAUGCCAAGUGUGCACCUGUGUCGUCCACAAGCGCUGCCAUCAUCUAAUUGUUACAGCCUGCACUUGCCAAAACAAUAUUAACAAAGUGGAUUCAAAGAUUGCCGAGCAGAGGUUCGGAAUCAACAUCCCACACAAGUUCAGCGUCCACAACUACAAGGUGCCAACGUUCUGCGAUCACUGUGGCUCCCUGCUCUGGGGGAUAAUGCGACAAGGACUUCAGUGUAAAAUUUGUAAAAUGAAUGUACACAUUCGAUGUCAGGCGAAUGUGGCCCCUAACUGCGGGGUAAACGCGGCGGAGCUGGCCAAGACUCUGGCGGGAAUGGGCCUCCAACCAGGAAAUAUUUCUCCAACCUCGAAUCUUGUUUCCAGAUCAACCCUGAGACGACAAGGAAAGGAGAGCACCAAAGAAGGAAAUGGCAUUGGGGUUAAUUCUUCCAGCCGAUUUGGGAUUGACAACUUUGAAUUCAUCCGAGUAUUGGGGAAGGGCAGCUUUGGGAAGGUGAUGCUUGCAAGAAUAAAAGAAACAGGAGAGCUCUAUGCCGUGAAGGUGCUAAAGAAGGACGUGAUCCUGCAGGAUGAUGACGUGGAGUGCACCAUGACAGAGAAAAGGAUCCUGUCUUUGGCCCGCAAUCACCCCUUCCUCACUCAGUUGUUCUGCUGCUUUCAGACGCCUGAUCGGCUGUUUUUUGUGAUGGAGUUUGUGAACGGGGGCGACUUGAUGUUUCACAUUCAGAAGUCACGUCGUUUUGAUGAAGCACGAGCUCGUUUCUAUGCUGCAGAAAUCAUUUCGGCACUGAUGUUCCUACACGACAAAGGAAUCAUCUAUAGAGAUCUGAAACUGGACAACGUACUGUUGGACCACGAGGGUCACUGUAAACUGGCAGACUUCGGAAUGUGCAAGGAGGGAAUCUGUAACGGGGUCACCACGGCCACCUUCUGUGGCACGCCCGACUACAUUGCUCCAGAGAUCCUGCAGGAGAUGCUCUACGGGCCCGCAGUGGAUUGGUGGGCAAUGGGCGUGCUGCUCUACGAGAUGCUCUGUGGCCACGCACCCUUCGAGGCAGAGAAUGAAGAUGACCUCUUUGAGGCCAUACUGAACGAUGAAGUGGUCUACCCUACGUGGCUACAUGAAGAUGCCACAGGGAUCCUGAAAUCUUUCAUGACCAAGAACCCCACCAUGCGCUUGGGCAGCCCAAGUCAGGGCGGCGAGCAUGCCAUCUUGAGACAUCCUUUCUUUAAGGAAAUCGACUGGACCCAGCUGAACCAUCGCCACGUAGAACCACCUUUCAGACCCAGAAUUAAAUCCCGAGAAGACGUCAGUAAUUUUGACCCCGACUUCAUAAAGGAAGAACCAGUUUUAACUCCCAUUGACGAGGGACAUCUUCCUCUGAUUAACCAGGAUGAGUUCAGGAACUUUUCCUUUGUCUCUCCAGAACUGCGUCCCUAGCCUUAUGGGGAGUGGCAGAGAUGGACGGUAUGAGAAUCAAAAGGGGAUAGAGAUUUUCCAGGAACUUCCUUUGUGGGGAACUCCUCAGCACCAGCCUUAGAACAAGAACCUUACCUUCAGGGAGCAGGUAGAGAAGACUCUGUGAAGGAUGGAAUGUCAAGAGAUCAACUACUGCAUUUCAAGCCCUGAGGGAGCCACGGUCCUGGAAAUAGUUGAUACCGAAAUGAGAUUUCAUGAAAAAAUACAUUGCUCAGCCUCUGAGUUUCCAUGGCUAUUACGGCUCAGGAUAUUAACAGGAGCCCAGAGGAUAAAAGGUGUGAAGAAUAAACCAGGUCCUAGAA